AUGAAACUGCCUGGUACUUUUUGUGAGAUUUCUGGUAUUCCUGAACAUAUUCAAAGCAUGGAAAAUAUAACGCCUCUACAACUUUUUCGCUUGUUUUAUACAGAGGAUUUGCUAGAAAUAAUCAGCUUUCAAACCAACUUAUACGCUGCUCAAACUAGUAAAAACUAUAAACCGACUACUCCUGAAGAGAUUGAUGUGUUUCUGGCUCUAAAUUUGGUUGUGGGUAUUAAAAAGCUACCAAGCUACAAAGAUUAUUGGGCAUCUGCACCUGAUUUUAUGCCUUUGAACAGAUUUGGGUGGCUUUUGAAUCAUAUUCAUUUGAACGAUAAUAGCUUGAUUCCUUCUAGAGAGAAUCCCAAUUUUGAUAAAUUGUAUAAAAUUCGUCCUUUGUUGAAUAUUAUUCAAAGAAACUUCCGCGCUAAUUAUAAGCGUUCAGAAAAAGUUGCAGUAGACGAAAGUAUGAUAAAAUUUAAAGGACGGUCUUCUCUAAAGCAGUACAUGCCGAAAAAACCGAUCAAACGGGGCUAUAAAGUUUGGAUGAAGUGUGCUGAGCCUGGUUACUGUCUCGAUUUUCAAUUAUAUACAAGCAAACAAGAACACAAUGUAGAAAAGAUUUGGAUUGAUUUACUAAACGACAAAAUCUUGGCUUGUGGUACUGUAAAUGCUACUAGAAAACAUUUACCUACACUCAAAGAAGAUACUAAGUUAGAAAGGGGUGAACAUGACUAUCGAGUCAGUGACACAAAUGUGACUGUGAUGAAGUGGAAAGAUAAGAGGGUAGUCCACCUUUUAUCAAACUACCACGACUCACGAAAUGUCAGUACUGUUAUUCGCAAAGAGCGUAAUGGUGACUCAAACCAGAUAGCUUGCCCUGAACUUGUAAAGGAUUACAACGCAAAUAUGAACUUUGUAGACAAGUUUGCCCAACUCAAAAGCUGUUAUGCCAUUGAAAGAAAGUCUCGUAAAUGGUGGCAUAGAAUAUUCUUUAAUUUCCUGGACUGCGCGUUGGUAAAUUCUUUUGUUAUUUACAAAGAUCUUCAAAAACUUGAUCAUACGGGACUUUCAAGACUGACAAUAAAGGAAUUCCGCCUUCUGUCUACCAGGGCAUUCUUGCCCCUGCUUUUGUGA